ACGGGCUGCUGUUGGUGAUGCGCUGUGAUCCCGACAUAAGGACCCGCCCUGCAGCCAGCAGCUCUUUGUGCUCAGAGCCACAGCCUGCUGCAGGACCAUAGGACAGGGACCCGCAGCCCGCAGGACCCAGACCUUAGACCGGACUAUAGCGCAGGGACCGGACCCGCAGCCCACCAGGACCCAGACCUUAGACCGGACUAUAGCGCAGGGACCGGACACCAGCCACCACGGACCCCAGACGGACCCAGACCGGACUAUCACCGCCCGUCCAGUUGGAUCCAUCAGCGUAACCUUCUCCGGUAUCUGCGUCGCUCUCGUGGCUUCGACGCCAUGGUGAAGUGCUCGGCAUGGCGCCUGCUCCUCCUGCAGUCCGUCCUCACAGCGGGAGUCCUCUCUCAGGGUGACUUCAGCCUGGAAGACGCACUGGAUCCCGAUGUCCCGCCCACAGCUCGCGGCCGAACCACCAAAGCCCCGCCCAGCCUCCUGCCCACCAAUCCCAAGGGGCGGGCCCCGCCCCCCCGACCGGCCACGCCCAGGCCCGGCAAUGACUUUGAUUUGGCUGAUGCCCUUCUGCCCAGCAAUGACAAACCUGAGAAACCCAACAGAAAGAACCAGGGAGGUGGGAUAUCAGACGACGAUCUCUUUGGCCUCGUUAAGGAUGAAGACUACAAACCAGACAAAGGCAAAGGCAACCAACCCAGCGACGGAGAGAAAGGCCAAACCGAUCUAACUGGCUCCGGGGCCGAGGUGGGCACCAUCGGCGGCAUUGUGAGUGCGGUUGCCAUGGCGCUGGUGGGGGCGGUCACCAGCUACAUCUCCUACCAGAAGAAGAAGCUGUGCUUCGGGAUCCAACAGAGUCUGAAUGUGGACGUGAUGAAGUCAGAGGCCCCUGACGCCGUGGUGGCCACCGAACCACAAGUUCAACAGUCGCUGAUGGAAACCAAGGCUGAGCGACCGCCAAGUGAAGACAACAACGUUUAACACACACACCCUCACACCGACACACACCGACACCGACACACACAGACACACACACACACACACACACAGACAAUCAGCUCUGCUGACGUGGCAGUGCUCUCUGACAGACGUGGUAUUAUGGUUCAACUGCUGACUGGAGCUCAUGUACAUGUGGACGUAAAGGAUGUUUACACUGUCAAUAACAAGCAGCUUAAUGGAUUCUCAGAAAAAGGCAAAAGAUAAAUGGAAACAAUCCAACACUGAAUGCUGCUCACUUCCUGUUCCCAGGGGGAAGUCCCAUUGCGUUCAUUGGAUGACUGCUGCUCACUUCCUGUUCCCAGGGGGGGGUCCCAGUGCGUUCAUUGGAUGACUGCUGCUCACUUCCUGUUCCAAGGGGGAGGUCCCAGUGCGUUCAUUGGAUGACUGCUGCUCACUUCCUGUUUUCAGGGGGAGGUCACAGUGCGUUCAUUGGAUGCGUAGUCUGUACACUGAAGUGGUCUUGGCUCUGGACCUGGUCGACAAACCCCCCAGGUCCUGGUCCACAGACUGCCCCCCCCCCCCCCCCCCCAGGUCCUGGCCCACAGACUAGGGCCACAACAGGGCCACCACAGGGCCAGGCCAGCCCAGGGCCAGGCCAGCCCAGGGCCACCACAGGGCCAGGCCACCGCAGGGCCACAACAGGGCCACCACAGGGCCAGGCCAGCCCAGGGCCACCACAGGGCCACCACAGGGCCAGGCCACUGCAGGGCCACCACAGGGCCAGGCCAGCCCGGGGCCAGGCCACCACAGGGCCCAGGCCACCACAAGGCCACCACAGGGCCCAGGCCAGUACAGGCUUCAACCUCACCAGUACAUUUUACACAUUGGACCUUUAAACAAGAUGAACACGUUAUAAUAAUAGAUAGAUAAAAAACUACUAACCUAAACUAACUAAUGCAUAUAAUCAAAGUAUAUGUGAGCCCAAACAUGGGAGGUUAAAUGUUGACUGCUGUCUACAUCAACUCACAUUGUUAACCAGAAAGAUGGGAUGUAGCCUGAACCCCUUAAAGAUGGGAUGUAGCCUGAACCCUUACAGGAGUCACAUACUAUUGUACCCAAUAAAGAUUGAAUGUAGCCUGAACCCUUACUGGAGUCACAUACUAUUGUACCCAAUAAAGUCUGUUGUCCAAUUAUUGGACCUAUGUGUA